UUUUUGUAAAAAAAGAAAAAGCUCCUGUGAAGACUCCCUGCCGACACACAACCUUCCUCAACCGGCUUUUUGCCCGCACACCUACUUAUCAGGCCCGGAAGACAUGGCGACAGCUGAACUGCAGCUCUACGCGAAGGUCUCCAACAAACUCAAAAGCCGGAGCUCCUUCCCCUUACUGGACUCUCUCCUGGCCCUGGGCUUCCCCGCACACACCGCGCAGAAGGCGUUGGCAGCUACUGGAAGAAAAACAGCACAAGAGGCAGCCGAUUGGUUACAUUUCCAUUACAAUGACCCUUCCCUGGAAGACCCGAUCCCUCAGGAGUACGUCCUCUACCUGUGUCCCACUGGGCCCCUGUUGGAGGAACUGCAGGAGUUUUGGAGAGAAAGUAAGCUCCAGUGUGCCAGAAACAGAGCUCAUGAAAUUUUCCCCCACGUGACUCUCUGCGAGUUCUUCACGUGCGAAGACCAGAAAGUGGAUUGCUUGUACGAAGCCGUGAAGAGAGCUGGAGACAAGAUUUUACAUUCCUUCCCAUCUGUUAUCCCCUUAACCCUCCAUUCUUCCAUCAGUUACCUGGGGUUCUUCAUUGAUGAAGGCCCUGCUGAUGUCAUUCGGGAAUUCGCCAUGUCUUUUGCUACGGAAGCCGCCAUCUUGGCAGAUUGUCUUGUAAAACCAUGCACGAAGCAGCUCCAUCUCACCUUGGCUCACAAGUUUUACCCUCACCAUCAGCGGACGUUGGAGCAGCUGGCUAAAUUCAUCCAUCAGGGACAGAGCUGCCAGUGGAUUGCAGCUCUGUAUUCACGAGACAUGCGUUUUGUGCACUACCAGACGCUGCGGGCCCUCUUCCAGUACAAGCCACAGAACGUGGAUGAGCUGAUGCUGACCGCAGGCGAGUACAUCUUUGUGGACCGGACCCAGCCUAGCGAAGCCAGUGAAGGCUGGGUGAUGGCUACCUCCCACCAGACGGGAUGCCGGGGAUUUGCUCCGGAGAAUUACAUGGAGAGAGCCAACGAGUCGGACACUUGGGUCAAACACAGAACGUAUACCUUCAGCCUAGCCUUGGGCCUGGAGGACAAGAAUGAAAGUGGACCCAGCUGCAGCCUGAAUGGUAUUGUGCAGAUGACCCCUCUGAGGAGAAGUCUUUUGGUGGUUCGUCAUGGGGAAAGAGUAGAUCAAAUCUUUGGAAAGUCUUGGUUGCAGCAGUGUUCAACUUCAGAUGGAAAGUACUUUAGACCGGACCUGAAUUUCCCUUGCAGUCUCCCCAGAAGGAAAAAUGGCAUCAAAGAAUUUGAAAAUGACCCCCCUUUAUCCUACUGUGGUAUAUUCCAGGCCCGACUUACAGGGGAAGCUCUCUUGGAGAAAGCAACAAAAAUUGGCUGUGUUUACUCCUCACCUGCCCUCCGCUGCAUACAGACAGCAAAGUACAUCCUAGAAGGGCUCAAACUGGAGAAAAAAAUGAAAAUAAGAGUGGAGCCUGGGCUGUUCGAGUGGACAAAAUGGGAGGGAGCCAGGGCAGUGCCGCCUCUGAUGGCCCUGACGGAGCUGAAGGAGGCACACUACAACAUUGACCCCAACUACAGAUCCCUUCUCUGGGCAUGUGUUUCUGUGAAGAGCUUAAGGAGGAAAACAAAUGGCAGUUGACAAACCCCCCAGUUAAGACAUUGACUCAUGGGUCGAAUUCUGCAUUUAACUGGAGAAACUGGAUACUUGAUGAAUAAGCAACUCAGCCCGUUAGUUUAAAUGAACUUUAUAAUGAAGAAAGGACCAUUUUUUUUCCUGAGAUUCAGCAACCUGGUGGAAUGUCAAAUUAUGACUAUGAAGGCAUUUUAAUUUCUUCUGAGAUGAAACAUAGAAGCACAACAUGCACUUUUGGAGCCCGGUGGGUCUGUCUCAUCUGUUUUUCUGCUCUGGACCUCUCUCACC